AUGUGGGUACCAUGGGUGAAGAGAUCUCCAGCGCACCACCACACCAAAUCAUCCUCCACCAACACCUUCUCAUUCGACGACCACCCUCCGCCGUCACCGAUGAACCAACACUCUCCAUCGUUAAAAGACAUUGAAACGCUAUUCAACCACCACCCUCCUCUCACCCCUGUUCACAAACACUCUCUUUCCUCCAUCCCUUUCGCCGCCGUGCCCCAAAGCCCGGUCCAUCACUCUGUCUCCCUCAAGGACAUUCAUUCUCUCCUCUCCGACAACCCGGCCCAAACCCAACCCCGAAAGCCCUCCGUCUUCCACCGAGUCAAAACAUGGGCCCACCGUCAGUCUCAGCAUUCCCAACCACCUCCACCGCCUGACUCCCAAAACAGAGUCGUAGUCUACUUCACCAGCCUCCACGCGGUGAGAAGAACAUACGAGGAUUGCAGAACCGUCAGAUUAAUUCUCAAAGGGUAUCGGGUAAAAAUGGACGAACGUGAUUUAUCAAUGGACAGGAGUUACAUCGAGGAGCUACAGAGGAUCACACCACCUUCAAAUGGGAAAAGAUCAAGUGUGCCGCGGGUGUACGUGAACGGGAAAUGCUUAGGAGGGGUAGAGGAGAUCCGACGGUUGCACGAGAAUGGAGAAUUGAAGAGGAUGAUCCAAGGGCUGGGAAUGGAUGAAGGAGAAGAGGGAAUUUGUAGGGUGUGUGGCGGGUACAGGUACGUAGUGUGUGAAUGGUGUGAUGGAAGUCAUCGGAGGUAUGUGGAGGGGAAAUCUGGGUUUAAGAAUUGUAAUAUGUGUAAUGUCAACGGUUUGAUUCUUUGUGGGUUUUGUACUUCUGUGGGUUACUGA